UUCUCUCUCUAAACUUCUGUACAAACCAAAUAUCAAUUGGUUUCUCGCUUUUUUAGGGUUUAUGAGAUCCGAAAAUCUCUCCCUCUCUCUCAAUCUCCGUUGAUUCUCUCUCUAGAUUGACAGCCUCAUUUCCAAAGCCCAUUUGUGAUUUUUGAAAAUCUGUUGUCCUUUAUCUUCGGAUUUCUAAACAUUUCUACCGUCAGAUUUCAAUAAUCAAUGGCUUUGACCAUCUUAGGGUAGAAGAUUUCGGAAGUCUUACCAACCCACCACAUUCCAACCAGAGUUGAUGCUUCAGAUUUUGAUGUUCGGUUCAUUUUCCUGUUUUAGCCCACUGUUCUUGGGUCGUCUCUCUCUCUAACACAAUUGGUAGCUCUCAUUCUCAAACUUCCAUCAACGUGUGUUGGUUUUGAUUGAGUUCUUUAGACUUGGCGAUCUGGGUUUCAUGUAGUUUCAUAAUUUAUGUGAAAUUGAAUUUCUUUUCAAUUUCCUCCUUUUCUUCUUUAAUGGUACAUUUUUUAAUAUAAGGCUUGGACAAAUUCGAGAGAAUCAAAACUUGGGUUGUAAAACUUGAAUAAUCACCCAUUUAAGAACUUGGGAUUUGACUGGGUUGGAGAACAAUAGGUUUAGCAGUUGAUUGAUUGAUUGGAAAAUUUUGGGGUUUUCUGAGAGGAAUGUAAGUUACAUUCCGGGAUAAAUGUGGGUUAAAUUGCAGAACCAGUUAAAGAGAAGGUUUGUUGUUCGAAAUAAACGAUUACGAAGAAGCCUUAUCAUGGGUUGCAUUUACUCAAAAGGAAGUUCCGCUAAUGCACAUAUUGAGAACAAUGGGAAGGAGAAGGAGAAGGAGAAGGAUAAAGAAUCGAAAAAGUCUUCGAAAAAGGUUGUUGCUUCUUCUCGAAAAGAGGAAGUUGUCGUGGAUGUUGACAAUAGUAGCAAUGAUGCAACUGCACGGCUCAUUAAGACACAGCCCACUGAAGAAAUUGUUGCCUCCACACCAAGUGUGUGGGAUGAUGGGGAGAAGAAGGCCAUGGUUGUUGAAAAACCCGAAAAGGCCCGGCUGCAAAGAGGUGCAACAAUUGAUGCCGGGGUGAACGGAGGACAACCAAUGAUGAUUAGGGUGUUGAGCACUCGCAAUGGAGUUGAAGGAGCUCAUGUUGCUGCUGGUUGGCCAUCUUGGCUGACUGCAGUGGCAGGGGAAGCCAUCCAAGGUUGGGUACCUCGAAAGGCAGACUCAUUUGAGAAGUUGGACAAGAUUGGACAAGGGACUUACAGCAGUGUUUACAGAGCCCGCGACCUUGAAACUGGGAAAAUUGUUGCAUUGAAGAAGGUGCGAUUUGUUAAAAUGGAUCCAGAUAGUGUUCGUUUUAUGGCAAGGGAAAUCCAUAUUCUGCGUAGGCUUGACCACCCAAAUGUCAUGAAGCUUGAAGGUCUAGUCACUUCAAGGGUGUCAGGCAAUUUAUACCUUGUGUUUGAAUACAUGGAGCACGAUCUAGCUGGACUUGCUGCAUCAUCCACUACUAAAUUUACUGAAUCACAGAUAAAAUGUUACAUGCAACAGCUAUUCCGUGGACUUGAACACUGCCACAGUCGCGGUGUCCUGCACCGUGACAUCAAAGGAGCAAAUCUUUUGAUUGACAACAAGGGGAAUCUCAAGAUUGGUGAUUUUGGGCUGGCAACCUUUUACCGAUCCCAUGAAAAUCAGCCUCUAACAAGUCGUGUAGUAACUCUGUGGUAUCGGCCUCCUGAGCUUUUACUUGGCGCUACAGAUUAUGGAGUUUCUGUCGAUCUGUGGAGUGCUGGUUGCAUUCUUGCAGAAUUAUUUGCUGGGAAACCAAUCAUGCCUGGAAGAACUGAGGUGGAACAAUUGCAUAAAAUUUUCAAACUUUGUGGUUCACCAUCUGAGGAUUAUUGGAAAAAAUCAAAAUUGCCUCAUGCAACUAUCUUUAAACCUCAACAACCUUACAAGCGUUGUUUUGCUGAGACAUUUAAGGAUUUCCCUUCUUCAGCUUUAACCCUUUUGGAUGUCCUCCUUUCAGUUGAACCUGAAAACAGGGGAUCAGCUUCCUCUACGCUUCAAAGUGAGUUCUUCACAACAAAGCCUCUUCCCUGCAAUCCAUCAAGUUUACCCAAGUACUCACCUAGCAAGGAGUUCGAUGUCAAACUUCGUGAAGAAGAAGCGAGAAGGCAAAAAGUGGCUGCUGUUACAGGACGAGGAAUUGAAUCAUGUAGAAAGGGUUUCAAAGAAUCUAAAGCACUGCCAGUACGAGGUGCUAAUGCUGAGUUGCAGGAGUCCAUGAUGAAGCAAAAAGGAGAGUCAAACCCCAAGAGCAAGAAAUCCAAUGCCGAAGAAGGUGGUGAUGGUUCUUCUGUCUUUGUUUUUGAGCCAUCCAGAGGAAGAUCACAAACAGGUGUAUCCCAUUCUGGCCGAUUGGCUCAACCUGGCACCUUUGGGUCUUUAAUUAAUAUGAAUGUGAAUGAAUCUUUAAAACCUGAGGGAGCGGCAGCUCAGUUGUCUAGGUAUUCCAGUUCAGUAGCAGUUCGUGGCAGUACACGGUUUGAUCUUAGCAGUGAGUCAAGUGCCAGUCCACACUGGCCAGAGGGGAAUGCCAGAUAUAACCAGCUGGAUGUUUCAGGGUCCUCUGUAAAACGUGGAUGGUUCCAUAAUUUAUGGAAUAGGCCUAACUCUUCUUCGAAGAAGGAUGAACGGGAGUCCGGAAAGGAGUCUUCAAUGGUUGGUUCUUCAAAGAAGAACCGGAUUCACUACUCAGGACCAUUGCUUCCUCCAGGUGGAAACCUCGAUGAAAUGCUCAGAGAUCACGAGAGACGGAUCCAACAGGCUGUUCGAAAAGCUCGUAUUGAUGUGGCGAAAACCAGGAAGAAGUACAGUGGCAAUGGACAAACCGCCUCACUAAUGCACCAUGGAGGAAACGGGUGAUGAUGACUUUUGAGAAAGAGCACUUAUGGCACCUUCACAAGGAUUUCAAAACCCUAGCUGAAUGAUGCAAUCCUCAUUUACUGCAUCGAGAUGCUGACAAAACCUUUAAUUGUGAGAGGAAGUGGACCCGGAGGACCAAUUUUAGGUUCCACUUCUUCGCAUACUCUUCUUAUCAAGGACCAACUCUGGGGUUCACUGCUUCAGAUAGCUCUUAUCUAUAUCAGAUAUUUGCUGCAAUUUGAAUCCUUCAGAAAGCUUUUAGGUGAUGAAAAAAGUCGAGUUGUUCGAAGUUACAACCUUCAGCAAGCUUUAGGUGAUGGGAAAAAGAAUGAAUGGUUCACAAGUGAAUCAAAAACUCGGCCAUCACUUGGUGGCGGCCUCUGUCAUUGACAGUGGCAUUGCCGGAAAUAUGUCUGUACAGAUUAAAUCUUGUAUACUCGAACAGUUUUUACAUUAUUCAAUCUAAAGGUUAAGCUAUUUUCUCAAGUUUGUAGGAAUGAGUCACGAAAAUCAUUCACCAUGAAUUCCAGUUCCCGUUGCAGAAACUUAUUUGCUGCUGACAAAUUCGCUUUUUCUGUAUAUUUAUUUUUGUAUCAUUCUAUUUCUUGAUGCUCAUGGAGGCUCUACAGGUACUGAGAUAACAAUAGAGGAGA